CUAUGUCACGCCCCGACAUGGCGUGGCAGCUGCCAACAAUCGCCAUCGACGGUCGCGUUCAGCUGGCGACAAAUGGCUGGAGCAUCGUGCAGCCAAUCCCGUGCCACUCGGCACUAUUAUGCAGCCCUUUCUGAAGAAUCGCAAGUCGGUUACCAAGCUGACGGACAUGAAGACGCUGACCGAACACGGCGCCAACAAAUACUGUCUCGUCUCCCAGGAGGCCGACACGGACGGGGAUGUGGAGACGAAACUGUACAAGGGCAAUGUUAUACCCACAUGUGGCGGCGGCGCCCAGGUGGUGUUCAACGAUAUCGAGUGUCUCAAGCAGAAGUCGCCCGUGCAUUCGCCAACGCGAAAGCGUCCCAGCAAUGGCACGAUGUCGGCUCUGGGCGUUGCCAGCGCCCUGCCCAGCACGGUCACCUCCAUCACCGUCCAGGAUGUGGCCUCGCGUUGCAACCUCGGCAUCGAGGGGCACAGCAACAAGAAGACAAAUAUCUAGAGCUCGUCCUGUAAUUCUUGAACAUGCAUUUCCAUUUCCAUUUAGUU